UACACAAAACAAUCAAAAAUGUUCGGUAACGAUUGUUUAACGAACUCUCGAAUUUGCCUAAAAAUGGAACGAAAAUUUUUGUGCAAUAAAUUAUUUGCAGUAUCGUGUUGUUAUGCUAGAAAUUCUUGCAUUAUGCAGCUGUGCCUGUGUCGCCUGUCUUUGGUGUGCAAGCACUCUUGAAUCUGAUAAAAAAUCGAAAUCACAUCGUAAACGUCAUAAGAGAUUUAAUCGUAGUUCAAGUUGUCCAGCAAAUAGAAAUUCUUCAUACAAAAAAAACCCAAAGUCCUGUCAAAAUGUAUCAUGUUCAUUGAAUACACCAUUUGUAUGUUGCAAAUGCAACAAAAGAUCCCGUAAACAAUUACGACGUGACCAAAAUUGUGACACUGCACGCAGCGCUUCAAAUUUCUGCAAAUCAUAUCCAAUUGUUUGUUGCUGCUCGGAUCCUGGUGCACAAAAUACGGUAUUCAAAAAAUCCACAAAAUCAUCAACCACAUCGUAUGCACCGCCACCGACUACCUCAUUACCAACAAUGUGCAAAAAUACUGGCAUCGACAGUGCUCUACUUUCUAAUCAAUGCUCCAAACAGUCACGAUCGAGAAUGCAUGAAGUGAGCAACAAUGAACAAACCAUGAAUUUUUCGCUGAAUUCACCAGAGGAUAUAUCUUAUAACAUUUCACAAGAUCCAAUACAGCCAUUUUUUAAAUCACUGGCACCAACCAAUGGCGUAGUACCAGAAUUUGUACAACGUCCUGUCUAUUCUAGGCUUCGAUCUCCACGUACUAAUUAUUACAACUCAAUCAAGAGUUGGUCUCCACGUUAUGCAAAACCCUCAUCGAAUUUCUCUACGGCAUUUACCGGCGCUCCAUCGUACAAGCUUAUAUGUAAAACGUGCCAAUUGGACAAGCACAAGUGCAUUUGUGCUAAUUUCUGGUGUAAUCCAAUAAUCAGAGCCGGAUAUCCACAAUUUUUUGGAUCGAAUUUUUCUUUUUCGUCCGAUUCUCCAGAAUUUCCUACAAAGGGUGCACUCCCCGAUCGUGCACCUAUCCUUCUGUAUCCAUGGUCAACUGUUCGUCUCCCACCGACGUCCGAUUUGCGUGGAACAAAUUUGAAAAAUAAAAAAUCGCGAAAAAUAUUAUCCUCGGCUUGUAAACGCCAGAAAUCAGGAAAGUGAGAGAAACCCGAACGUAAACGAUGAUCAGUAGUUUUUGUAAUACUUCAAUAAUUUGUACAACUUGCGCAACAGUACUUUACCUCUUAUGAUUAGAAUUUAUAAUAAACUUUGCAUAACGUCAACAAAUAUAAUUUUUUAAGAGGAAAAAUUUCUACGACUAUACGUCUCAAUAUAUUAUUAUACACAGAAUGCAAUUACAAAUGGAACACAUGCAUUGAAAAUACGUCGAGCAUGGGCAAUGAUUAUCAGCAGAGGACAUUUAUUUAAUUAUAAUUUCCUUGUUCACCGUUUAUUAUACAAUCCAUCAUACAAAUUACUAUGAAACAACACUUAUUGAGGUGUACUAAAAUAAAAAUUGUUACUUAAUCAUCA